GAAAUUUCUAGCGGAUGCAGACCCUUCGUCGGAAGCUGCGAAGAAGCUGAAAGAGCGUGGAAGCUUGAGACUAGCAGCUGCGUGUGCGGAUCUUGGGUACAACUCCUUACAUUAAGGCUCAACUUUCAAUGGUCAUCGGGGUUGGUCACUGAGAUCGUUGGUCAUCAUUUAGAUUGGAGUCACUGAGAUCGAUCAUUUAGAUUGGAGUCACUGAGAUCGAAGAGGCGACCUUCCCUUGAGAGUAGAACAGCAGAAAUAGACGAAGGGAACAAAGGCAAAGGGGAGAGCUUUAAAGGGGGUCUCUUCCGUUCAGAGUCAUGGUGACCAUUGAAUGCUGAGCUUUAAUUACAGGAGAUCGCCGCGUAUCAAGACGACCUGGCUGAAGGUGGCGAAGUUGAUGGUGUCCGUAAGGUGCAUGAAGAACUCAAGAGACAGCGCUUACAAAAGCAGGUCUUUGCGCGUGAAAAGCCAACGCAAGAGCAGUUGGAAGAAGCAGCACUGAAUCCAGGGAGACUCCAUAACUUUAAUGGUGGACGAUAUAACGACAGGGAUAUGGUAUUUUUACUAGAAGAUCAUGAAAAACUUUAGAUUAGGAUUUGGACCUCUUACGAGGAACCUUCCCAGCAGCACGAAGUUGUAAAAAUGAGGUAGAAGAUAGAAGAAGUAUCUUUUUUUUUCUUGCUCACAAUCAGAUGAAAUUGAUGAACAACAACAGCACGUGAUGAUGAAUCGGC